AUGUCAUCAUCAGUAUUUUAUAGACAUCGAGUUUUUAUUAAUUCAAAUGAUCCUGGUAUACAUAACCAAAUAAUUGAUGGUACUCAACCGAUCAUAAAACUUCCCUUCCCUCCUUAUAUCGAUCCGUAUGAUUUAAUUAUUAAAUCUCAAGAUGGUAAAAUCCCAUCUCGUUCUCCUAACGCAUUUAUUAUUUAUCGUAAAGUUUUUAUUGAAACUGCUAGAAAUGAAGGUUAUAUUUUGCCAAUGACCGUUAUUUCCUCAAUGGCAUCGCAAUCCUGGGAACGGGAAAGCGAAGAAGUUAAAGAGGAAUAUAAACGAUUAUCUAGAGAAGCUUUUGAUAUUCGUAAUGAAAUGUUACCAAAAGAAAAACGUAAAAGAAAAAGAGGAAAGUGGAACAUCAUUUCUUUCGAAAAAUCAAAAAGAUCCCGUAAAAACCCUGUACAAAGUCCUUCUCAUCAAGAAAUUACGAAUUCAACUUCUAAUAUUAGUCCAGUAAAUGUAAAUCUUAAUAAUAAUAAUAAUAAUAAUAAUGAGAUUAAUAAUAAUGAAACUAGUUCUAUUAUUCCUUCAUUUGAACAGUUUAAUUUUGAUUUUACUCAAUAUAUGAAUAAUAUGAUUCCAAGUCCUGAAAUUCCUGAAAUGUAUAAUAGUCCAGGAUCUUCAAUCAUUAGUUCCCCCGAAAUAAAUGAUUACACUCCUCCCGCCGAGAACAAUUUAGUCGAAACUCCAAUUUUAUACGAGGAAGAAUUGUUUAACUUAAUGCCAAUUAAUAACGAAAUUCGAAAUACUGAACAAUUCUUUAAUUAUAAUUUCGACGAAUCUCAAAUAAAUCCGACAUUUUCGACAAUUUACGAACCUUCCGAAUUGAACUUUAAUUUUUAUCAUUACUAAAUAUAUGAUUUUUCAACGAAUUUGAUAUUUUUUUAAUGAAU